AUGUCAGGAAUGCAAAUUGUGGCUUUUGUAGGGUGUCUUUGUGGGCUUGGUGCUACCCUCGGUGCCACGCUAUCUAAUGAAUGGAAAACAACGAGCAGGGCAUCUGCUGUCAUCACUGCCACAUGGGUUUUCCAGGGUCUGUGGAUGAGCUGCGCAGGGAAUGCCUUGGGUGCCUAAAAAAUGAGUAAUAUGGGUGUGGAGAUGCUUGCCUUCACCCUGGCGGUUUCAGGCUGGAUCCUAAUAUCCUCUACCAUACCCACUGACUACUGGAAAGUGUCUUCAAUCGAUGGCACUGUCAUUACCACUGCCACCUUCUGGUCCAACCUCUGGAAGACCUGCGUUACAGACUCGACUGGAGUGUCCAACUGCAAGGACUUCCCAUCCAUGCUGGCACUGGAGGGUUACAUUCAAGUCUGCAGAGGCCUUAUGAUUGCUGCUGUCUGCCUGGGAUUUUUUGGAAGCAUACUCGCCUUGGUUGGGAUGAAGUGUACCAAGAUUGGAGGAUCAGAUAAGACCAAAGCUAGAAUUGCUUGUCUGGCAGGAAUACAUUUCAUACUUGGCGGUUUAUCAUCUGUGACAGCAUGCUCACUGUAUGCACACAGAAUUACAUCCGAGUUUUUUGACCCCACUUAUAUAGCACAAAAAUAUGAAUUGGGAGCUGCUUUGUUCAUAGGGUGGGCAGGCUCAGCACUCUGCAUCCUUGGGGGCAUUGCUUUCUGUUUCUCCAUGGCAGGAAAUGGGACAAACAAAAGGGCAGGUUACACAUACAAUGGAGCAGCCUCAUUUAUCUCCUCUCGAACUAAAGUGCAGAACAUGGCAGCAGCAGAUGUGAGGUCUGCCAGAGGCAAUGGAAAUCCACCAAAACAUUUUGACAAAAAUGCUUAUGUUUAACAAAACUAAGAAAGGACCUGGGUGAUUUCUUUAUGAGGCUCUCCGAUCAAACUUUGAACACAGAAGCAGGAACUUUAUUGACAC